CCCCUUCCUCCCUGCACAUCCUCCUUCGUCGCCGCGGCGCCUGUCGUCUAUUCUGCUGCUGUCCUCUCCGUUCUUGUCUCUCAUCCCCGUCCAUCCACCCACCCACCCAUCCAUCCAGCCAUCAGCGCCGGGGUGCCAUCGUCUCCGCUUCUGGCUUCUCCACAACCCUCGCCUGUCCGUCUCUCCCUUUCCCUUCCACUGCGGUCUGCCCACCAUGAACACCGGCGGCAAGGCACACAACGACAUCCUGUUCAUCAACUUCAACCAGGACUUUUCCUGCAUUUCGGUCGGCACCCGGCAUGGCCACAAGAUCUACAACUGCGACCCCUUUGGAAAGGUGUAUGGAAAAUCCGACGGCGGCAUCGGAAUCAUCGAGAUGAUGUUCUGCACGAGUCUGGUGGCCCUGGUCGGUGCAGGCGAACAACCCGCAUUCUCGCCCCGGAGGCUGCAGAUUACCAACACAAAGCGAGAGUCGACGAUCUGCGAGCUGACCUACGUCAGCGCGAUUGUCGCUGUCAAGCUCAACCGCAAGCGGCUGGUCGUCCGGCUCGAGGAGCACAUCUACAUAUACGAUAUCAGCAACAUGAAGCUACUGCAUUCGAUCGACACCAGUCCGAGCCCAAACCCUCUCUGCGCCCUAUCUCCAUCCUCGGAAAACUGCUUCAUGGCGUACCCAACCAACACUUCUGGAUCCACCGGCGAGCUGCUGAUCUUCGACACCAUCACCCUCCAAGCUGUGAACAUUAUUCAGGCGCACAAGAGCCCGAUCGGGUGCAUUGCCUUCAGCUUUGACGGGACCAUGGUGGCGACUUCGAGCGAUAAGGGCACCGUCAUCCGAGUCUAUUCCGUCCCGGAUGGCCAGAAGCUAUUCCAGUUCCGCCGCGGCACUUACCCGGCUCGCAUCUACUCGAUCACCUUCAACCUUCCUGGAACGCUCCUCUCUGUCUCGAGCGAUACCGACACCGUGCACAUCUUCAAGCUCGAGAAGGACGGCUCUGGAAAUGGCGCUGGAAGCGGUAGCGGUGCAGAAGGCGAGCCGUUGGCUACGGCUCCCACGCCCAAGAAAAGUGACCGGUCCCUCGAGCGCAAGUCCAGCGGCAGCGACAAAAAGUUCAGCGUCUAUGAUUCAUUGAGAUCGCCGCUGGCCAACGCCACCGCUGUCGCCAGCGCCGCCGUAGGCUCCUAUCUCCCCGACGUCAUCACCGAAAUGUGGGAGCCGACGCGCGACUUUGCCUUUUGCAAGAUACCCACCCAUCCGGGCUCCAGCGGCAGCGGCAGCAGUCAGAAGGGCACCCCGAACCUGUGUGCAAUCAGCAGCGGAAUCCCACACGUCAUGGUCGUGACAGCGGCCGGCUACUUUUACCAGUUCAGUCUCGACCAGGAACGCGGCGGCGAAUGCCAGCUGCUCAAGCAGUACAGCCUGUUGGAUCCCGAAGAAAGCGCCGGUGCUACUCGAUGAAGGCACCCAUCCCCUGUUCUCCAUUCGGGGGCGUUGGGACUGUCUCAAGCGCCUGUCCUUCUCUUUCUUUCUCUCUCUCUCUUCUUUAUCGCUC